CGCAAGCUUUGCCGCCGCCGCCGCCGCCGCGCCGACGCCGGCGCCGCCGCCAGCCAGCCACGGGGGCUCCUGCGGGACGGAGGGUCUGGGUGGAGGGCCAAUGCGGCUGGACGCGGCGCUGCUGGACGGCGCCGACGAGCGAGGCGCGCCCGACGAGGGGCGUGUGAUGAGGCCCCUGUGGCGGCGCGGCCGUGCCGGGCCGCUCCACGUGGGCCUCGUGAUCGUGCAGCUCGCCAUCACGUGCGUCGCCAUGUCGACGCCGCUGUUCGAGCGGCGGCUGACCGGCUCCAUGGCGCUGCUGCUCGACUCGCUCGGCUUCGACUUCAGCGGGGCGUACACGAUGGUCAACCUCGGCCUGCUCUCCGCAGAGGCGGGCGGCUGGGCGCUGCUCAUGUCCUCCACAUUUUGGGUCUUCAUCGUCAUCUGCCCGCUGCUGCGCGGCGCCUCGCUGCUGCUGCUGCUGCUGCGGCCGAUGACCGUCGCGGCGGCGCAGAGGCUGCACGCCCGCUCGCGUGCCGUCUCGUACUAUUACGCUCUCGAGGUGAUGCUCGUGGCAGUGCCGCUCAUCGGCACCACCAUCGAGCCGAUGACGGCGACCCUCUUCACGCCGUACAACACGCCCAUCUGCAAGGACAUCACCACCGCCUUCCCCAACCCGCCCGGCACCGACCCGCCCGACCUGUGCUUCACCAUCUCCGUCGUGCCCUCGACGGGCUACUUCUCGGUCGCCGCCGCCGUGGUGGUCUUCCUCCUCUCCGGCUUCGACGGCUCGCCCACGCACAAGUACCUGCACCGCCUCCUCCACCCAGGAGACGAGCCGCCGCCCUACUGGCCGCGCUGCGGGGCGGCGCGAUGACGGCGGAGGGAGAGGCAGAGGGAGCACAUGCUGCUGAGCUGAGCUGUGCGUGGUGCUGCGCGCAUUCCCACUGUGCCAAUUGUUUUUGCAGAUGCAUAGUACUACGUCUACGAGCUGUGCAAUAGACCGUUCCUCCUGACUCUGUGACUGUCAUAUC